AUGUCACGGCCCGCGGCCGAGAUGCACGCCGGCGAAAGGUCGGUGAACUUGCGAAAGCCGCGGCGGGGCGGCGCGGUCGGCGGAAGAAAGCGCGGAUAUCGGAUUGCGGCCCGUGUAUCAUUCCCGCGGCGGAGGCUCUGGGAGCGCGCGGCCGACGACCCCACAGGAGAGGGGGAGGGGGGCUCGCCAUUCGCAUUCGACUAUGAUAAAACGCGAACGGGGAAUUGCGACUGCAGCGGCUGCUGUGGCCUUAUGGAAUGGGCGAAAAGAACUCGCCGAUACGUCAAGUUCGACCGCUUGCGGGCCGCGUUGACAAUGAAUGCCGAAGCACCGUUGUGCUUGACCCAGUAUUCGGGCCGUCACGCCCCAACGGUGCAGCGCCGACGGCGCGCCGCAUUCGAUACACACCCCCCUACGGGAGAAUCGGGUGUCGAUCCG